AUGACACCAAAAGCCAAGUGUCUGACUAAAUUUGAUUUUAUUUGCUAUAACGUCACUCAACCCCGAAUUUUGUGGGCGGACGUCGUGUCAUCACCCAAUCUGGACGAAGCGUUCACGUUGGUGAAGCGGCACAACAAACGUCCACGUUUGAACGUCUCAUUGGAGGCCAACAGCAAUGGGGGAACCACUUCAAACAACAACAACGGCGAAAUCACUUCAAACAACAACAACGAAAACACGGCAAACAUCAAGACAGCUAAAAAACCAACAAAAGUUAUUGGCAAAAAAGUUGUUGAAGAUUGUAAAUUGAGGGCAGACAAAAAUUUAAUUAAAAAAUCUGUGUUCUCAAUGAGCAACAUUAGUAAAUGCCAUCGAAGAGAUGUUGUUGAAUUUUUGACGUCAAAUGGAAUCAAUGUCAUCACAUGUUAUCCUGUUUUGAAAAAAACAGAAAUAUCGUCGGAUAAAAAUUUUGACAAAGAUGACCAGGAAUCAACAAUGUUCAGAGUCUGCAUCGAUAGCUCAGAUGUCGGUAAGAUGAAGGAUCCUGACAUUAUGUUGAAAAACAUUAUUGUGCGCGAAUGGCGCUUCAAUCAGACGAAACCUGAUGCUAAUACUCUGAAUGGAAAGUAA